CAAUUUGACAACGUUGCUUGGGGGGCGCACUUUGUCAACAAACCGGCAUGGCGGGAACUGUCUCCGUCUCCAAGGGCGUGUUUGCGUUCAAGCGACAGAGGGAGCGGAAGCCCAGGAAUGCCGCACCUCUCUCCACCCGCGACUACUGGGGUGAGGCGCUGGACGGGGAGACGGCGGAGGAGGUGGAGCAGUUUAGGAACCUCACCUUCGGGAACUACGGCAGGUGUUGGAAGGUGGCCUCGGACAUACUGCAGGACCUUCAAGACAACAUCCACAAAAAGGUAUUCGAAAGCCUCAUCACUUUCACACACUCCGCGGGACAGCGCCUCGCCACCACCACCACCACCACCACCACCGCCACAACCACCCCCCUAGACCAGCCCUUCAGCCACAUGCAGACCCUCGCCUACGUGCCCACGGCCUGCCUGGUGACUGGGGUGAACAUGCCGGACAGGGACGCGACGUUUGAGAGCCUUGUUGGACUCCUGAGGGCCAGUGUGACGCCUCAUAUCGCACGUCUCCAGAGCAAGGAGUGUGCGACUGUGAGGACCACCAUGUACCGGAUGAUUUCACAGCUGAUCGGCGGGGGCGGCUGGGCGGAUGAGGGCGGGGAGGAGGAGGAGGAUGAGGAGAGGGCCAUGGCAGCGACAGGGCCGAAGGUGAAGCGGAGGCAGUGCACAAUGGCCACUCUGUCUGCUUGGUAUAAGACUCAAAUCGCCCCAGAAGAGGAAGACCCAAGACACAGUGAACCCAACGCUACCACUCAGCCAUUCCCAAAAUCCCCAAGCAAAAGAGGGUUCCCGAUUUCCCCCAGUAAGAAAAGCCUCCCAAGUUCCCCCAGCAAGAAAGGUUUGAGUUCCCCCAGCAAGAGAGGGUUCCCAAAAUCCCCCAGUAAAAAGGGUUUCGGAUCCCCCAGUAAGAGAGGAUUGAAUUCCCCAAGCAAAAUAGGUCUCAGUUCCCCUACCAAGUCCUCCCCCAGUAAACGACCCCUGGGAAGCUCCCCCAGUAAGGCCGACAGGGGUGGGCAGGGGUGUGAGGGGUCGCCAGUCAAGAGAAUGAGGUCAGGGGUACUUUCUGGUCUCAAGAGGAGCUCCCGGCCACCUCUUGUUGUGAUUCUGGAAGAUCUUGAGAGUUUCCAGCCACGCGUCGUCAAUGACCUUAUCCUAAUCUGCAGUGAGCACCGGAGGACAGUCCCAGUUAUUUUGGUGUUUGGGGUGGCAACAUCGCCGGACGCAGUGCACCAGAACCUCUCCCAAGACGCCUCCGCAUGCCUGGCUAUGGAGGUGUUCCGAGCCCAGCCAUCCACGCACUACCUCACACAAGUUAUCGAGAAGGUCCUCAUGUCCAACAAGCUUCCGUUCCACCUUGGGGGCCGGCCCUUCAAGCUGCUCUUGGACAUCUUUCUCUACAGUGACCUUUCCGUCGAGAACUUCAUCAAGGGACUGAAGGUCUGCAUGUUGGAGCAUUUCACGAGCCAGUCUUCCUCCUUCCUGUGCUGCCCGGCGUCCAAGCGAGCGUCGGUGCUGCGUAACACCAGCACCACGCAGCUUGACAUCCUCCGCAGACUCCCCUCCUUCAAGGCCCUGGUGGAGGCUGCCCCGCCCAAGGAACAGGUCAUGCUUCUCCUCGAUGAAGACCACACCAAGGCGACCAUCACUACCCUUCUGGAGGAGCUGGAUGCCUGGUAUGCCCGGUUCUGUGUCCUCGUCAAGGUGGUCAAUGCGCUCACCUGCAAGCUCCCAGGUGCUCCCAUAGGCCGACAGGUGAGGGAGGUGCUGGCCGUGUGUCUGUCCCGGGCCCUGGUGGACACAGAGGAGUUCAAGGAAGCUGUGAAGGGGCUCAAGAACAUGGGCCGAGAGGAGCUGACGGGGGCCCUGCAGAGUGUGUGUGAGGUCCUACAAGAGCACCAGGAGGAUGAGAUGCUGGCGGAGGAGCUCAAUGAAGUGUCACUGUUACUGGGCCGCCUGUCGAGUCUGGACCAGCUGGAGCAAGCCGCCGUAGAGGAGGAGGAGGAAGGGGCAGCUGGUGGAGGGCCUGGGGUUGCUUUGGCGCCCUCCGAUAGGUUCCGGUUAAGGGAGAAACUUCUCGAGCUCGCCAAGAGGAAGCCAAGGAAGGGGAACGCCUAUGAAGCCCUGCGGAGCGAGGUGAUUGACUUCCUCACCACCACCUUCACCACACACCUGCAGCCACCCUCCACCAAGCCGCUACACGAGGUUCUCUUCUUCCACUCCUCCAUGGCUAUCAAGAGGUUACUGGUUGGGCUUCCGAGACCUGCCCUCACCACGGCCCUCGCCAACCCACAACACUAUCUGCAGUGUAAGUGCUGCCGGCUGGAUGACCCUUCUGGCUUGGUCACAACACUCCCGGACAUAUGCGUUGCCUACAAGCUGCAUCUGGAGUGUGGGCGCCUCAUCAACCUCUACGACUGGCUCCAGGCUUUCGUGUCCGUGGUGGGCCGAGAGGGGGAGAACGAGGACGAGAAUGAGGAGGCUUGGGUGCCCUCCAGGAUGGUGAACGAAAAGCUACAAGCAAGGUUCGUGCUGGCCGUGUCGGAGCUCCAGUUCCUCGGAUUCGUCAAGCCCACCAAGCGCAAGACAGACCACGUGGCGCGUCUCACCUGGGGCGGCUGCUGAGGGGACUCGCUGCGACAGUACCCGUUGUCCAUCAUUACCCUUUGUUUUCCUUUGUCCCAUUGUCCAUUAUUGUCCUUUGUUCUCCUUUGUCCCUCUUUUUUAGCCAUGAUUUUCCUUUACUCCUUUUAUUCAGUGUUCAUUAUUGUCCUUUGUUCUCCUUUGUCCCUCUGAUUUACCCAUUAUAGUCAUUUGUUUUUCUUUGUCCCUCUUUUUUAUCCAUUAUUUUUGUUUACUCCUUUAAUCCAUUGUCCAUUAUUGUCCUUUGUCCCUCUGAUUUACCCAUUAUUGUCCUUUGUUCUCCUUUGUCCCUCUUUUUUAGUCAUUAUUUUCCUUUACUCCUUUUACUCAGUGUCCAUUAUUGUCCUUUGUUCUCCUUUGUCCCUCUGAUUUACCCAUUAUUAUCCUUUGUUCUCCUUUGUCCCUUUUUUUAUCCAUUAAUUUACUUCACUCCUUUAACCCAUUGUCCAUUAUUGUCCUUUGUUCUCCUCUGUCCUCUUAUUUAUUUUACUCAUGUUACAAGUACAGUUCACUUACAUGUAUUUCAGUGUAUUUUUAUAGAGUGUAAUAAAUGAUCCUUUGAUAAUGA